AUGGAAGAAGGUAACCGAAGAAUGCUCGAGAGAGAGCGAUACCAAAUCGAGCAGAUUCUCGAGCUCGAUCUCGAGGAGUUGCAGGUAGAAGAGGUCGACGAGUUUCACGAUUCUUCCGACGACGAUAACAACAACAACGACCACCGUGAUCUUACGAUUGGCUAUGGUAGUGCAGGCGUUGUUCCCGGUGAAUUCACUUACAACACUUGUAUAGCAUCCUUACAUACGUAUCUGGGUGAUGUUGAAGACACGCACCACAGGACGGCUUUCCUGGAUGGUGGGACUGUAUUGAACCUUCCACUUUUCUAUCUUCAAGGAGUUGUACUCUUUCCUGGGGCUACUCUUCCUUUGAGAGUUAUUGAAUCCAAUUUUGUGGCGGCUGUUGAGAAAUCUUUGAGCCGAGUUGAUGUUCCUUACACCAUUGGUGUGAUCCGAGUUCACAGUGAUACUGAAAACCGUAGGAUGAAAUCUGCAAGCAUUGGGACGACUGCCGAGAUUCGACAGUACGGGCGCCUAGAAGAUGGUUCCCUUAAUUUGGUUACUCGUGGACAACAACGAUUUCGCCUAAGACGGUGUUGGAUUGAUGUGGAAGGAGUGCCUUAUGGAGAGGUCCAAAUAAUUGAGGAAGACAUACCAUCGCGAACUCCAAGAGAUGCUUUUGGAAAGUUAACACCCCUAAGUAAUCUGCCUUGUAACCGUGCCGCCUCAAGCGUGUUGUCAUCCAAGUAUUCUGUUCAUGGUCAGGGUUCCAAAAACGAGGAAAGUGAUACAGAAGAUAGCUUUGAGAAUGAACUUUCACCAGCAGCUAGAAGAAUCCAUCGGUCACUCAUUCGUUCCAAUUAUGAUGAAUAUGAUGAAUCAGCAAGCAGCAGUGAUGAUAAAUUAACAGAUGAGUCAGAUCAGGAAAUUAGAUCCAAUCUAGAUGACCCGGACACCUUAAUGCUAGCUGACCAUGAAAAGGAUGCAGAAAAUAUGGAUUCUAGAGUUGGGAGCUGUUCCUCUUCUGGAAAACAGUCCUCCAUCAGAGAAGGGCUAAAUUGGUGUUCUAAAAAUAAAGACCCCUACUCCUCACAUAGAAUUUCAAGAGCAUUCUUGCCUGGUUGGGUGUAUCGUAUGUUUGACUCCUAUUGCUUGCACAAAGGGCUGCAGGUAGCUCUUCCUUGCUCCUUCUAA